CGACAUCAUGGCCCCUCGCAAGAGCCCCAAAAGCAGCAGCCCCGGCCCUGGAGCCAGGAGAGAGUUUUGUGGGGCAGUCUGUUGCCAAAGGGUUACUUUGCCAAAGUGUGUUCAUCUUUUGAUGUUGACUUGCAUGUUAUGAAAGAAUGGAUACAUAUCAGCUGUUGAAGACAAAACACGGAGGAAACAAGAAUGGCAAGAAAGAAGGCAUUUCUGGAAGUUCUUUUUUUACAUGGUUUAUGGUAAUUGCACUGCUGGGAGUCUGGACUUCAGUCGCGGUGGUUUGGUUUGAGCUUGUUGAUUAUGAGGAAGUACUAGCCAAAGCAAAGGACUUCCGUUAUAACUUGUCAGAGGUACUCCAAGGAAAACUUGGGAUCUACGAUGCUGAUGGUGAUGGAGAUUUUGAUGUGGAAGAUGCCAAGGUUUUGCUAGGACAGUCACCUGGAGGGGUUAUCAAGAGAAAAGCUAAAGUCAAAGGACUUAAAGAAAGAUCUGUCCAAGAACAACCGGUUUUGAAAGAUGCAGAGGAAGUGAUCCAGCCUGCAAAAGAGACACACACAAGAGCAGAACGUAGGAUUGCUGAUGAAGUAGAACCUGAAGAUGAAAUCGAGUCUUUGCUACAUGAAGUUCUUGACUCACAACUUGAAGAACAAACAAGUAAUAUGGAUGAAGAAAAUAUAUAUGAAGAACCAAACAUUCAGGAGGACAUGGAGAGUAACAAAAUACCUGAAGUUCCCACUUUAGAAGAGGUUUAUGUUGAAGAAUUGGAAGAUAAAAUUCCAGAAGUACUAGAAGCACAUGAAUCUAUCCAGGAAGAACCUGCAAGUGACUAUCAGCCAGAAGAGCCUGAAGCAGAUGAUGCUCAUGUUACAUAUGAAUAUCAUACACAUAUGGAGGAAGUCAUGGAUCAGCCAGAAAGUCCAGAUGAAACAGAAAUAACUCUAGAAGAUACUCUGGAGCACAACACAGAAGAUACAGAGCAUCAUGACUAUGUGGAUGAACGUGAAUUAGAAAAUGAAGACUUUAUUGAGAUUCAGGAUACAGAUGGUGAACCUUUCACUGAACAUCAUUAUGAAAAUAAACAAGACAAACCUUCAGCUUCAGAUUCUUUUACUGAACAUAUUGAAUCAGUAGAUGAUAGUGAACCUACAGAAGACCAUGCAGCUGCUCAGCCUCAUGAAACAGAAGUUCCUGUUCAAGUAGAAGAAUAUUCAAAUGAUGAGUCUGUUGGUCAAGAGAAAGAAACACAGCAGAAAGAGAAAGCUAAGAAGAAGAAACCAAAAAUGCUCAAUAAAUUUGAUAAAGGCAUUAAGACUGAGCUUGAUGCUGCAGAGAAGCUGCGUAAAAAGGGAAAAGUGGAAGAAGCUUUGAAGGCAUUUGAAACAUUAGUAAGCAAGUAUCCCCAAAGUCCACGAGCAAGAUACGGAAAAGCACAGAGUGAGGAUGACUUGGCUGAGAAAAAAAGAAGCAAUGAAAUUCUACAGCGAUCUAUCAAUACUUAUGGGGAGGUAGCUAGUUUACCUAACAUUCCUGAUGAUCUGGUAAAACUAGCCCUGAAACGACGGGCAGACAGGCAGCAGUUUCUUGGUCACAUGAGAGGCUCACUGGUUACAUUACAAAAACUGGUUAAUCUAUUUCCCAAUGAUACUUCAUUCAAGAAUAAUCUUGGAGUUGGUUACCUUUUAAUUGGAGACAACAACAAUGCCAAGAGAGUUUAUGAGGAGGUUCUGGACCUGGCUCCAAAUGAUGGUUUUGCUAAAGUGCAUUAUGGCUUCAUUUUGAAGGCAGAAAACAAGAUUGAAGAAAGCAUUCCCUAUUUGAAAGAAGGUCUGGAAUCUGGAGACCCUGGUACUGAUGAUGGUCGCUUUUACUUUCAUUUGGGAGAUGCCAUGCAACGUGUUGGAAACAGUGAGGCAUAUAAAUGGUAUGAACUUGGACAUCAACGGGGGCACUUUGCAUCUGUCUGGCAGCGCUCUCUAUACAAUGUCAAAGGUUUAAAGGCCCAGCCCUGGUGGACAGCAAAGGAAACAGGCUAUACAGAACUGGUCAAGUCCUUAGAAAGAAACUGGAAAAUGAUUCGGGAUGAAGGACUUGCUGUGAUGGAUAGAGGAAAGGGUCUCUUUCUGCCUGAAGAUGAGAACUUGCGGGAAAAAGGUGACUGGAGCCAGUUCACUCUGUGGCAGCAAGGAAGAAAAAAUGAAAAUGCCUGUAACAGCGUUCCCAAAACAUGUGCCUUUUUAGAACGAUUCCCAGAGGCCACUGGAUGCAGAAGAGGACAGAUCAAAUAUUCUGUCAUGCAUCCAGGAACUCAUGUCUGGCCUCACACUGGGCCUACUAAUUGUCGGCUGAGGAUGCAUUUAGGCUUGGUGAUUCCCAAUGAAGGCUGCAGGAUCCGCUGUGCACAAGAAACAAGGUUCUGGGAAGAAGGAAAGGUUCUCAUCUUUGACGACUCUUUUGAACAUGAGGUGUGGCAAGAUGCUCAGGCUUAUCGCCUGAUAUUCAUUGUGGAUGUUUGGCAUCCAGAGUUAACACCACAACAGCGGCGCACCCUUCCAGCCAUUUAAGCAUGAAGUUUGAAGCUUUCGUUUUUUUGAGGUCCAGAUUUUUUGCUGGGAAAAGCACCAUGGUAAACCAAAAGUGAAAGUGAACUGAAUGAAGAAAUCCAUAUAUGGAUUUUAAAGCUUCCUCUUCUGUGUAUUAUACCAUUACCAUUACAGCACUGAUCUUUAUAAUUCUGUGUUCAUGCUGCAAGUACAGAUCUCUGUAUUUUAUCAGCCAAAGAGUGUCUCAUGGCAUGCUUCAGACUAAUAUGUAUGCAAGUGUCAGUCUUUUGUUAUGCCUGUUAUGCCUGUUAGGCAAACUUUUGGUGUUCUAGUUGUCUGGGCACUAUACUAAAGGUUGUUGUUCAAACAUAAAGGACAAAGAUUUCCUGACAAGGAAGGGUUAUGUAGCAGCAGUGCACAGUGGAUUGUGCCUGACAUAUCUAGCCUUGCAAGCACACCUGUAUGCAUUUAGGACAUGCAGUGGAAAUUUGUAGUACAGUGUUUAAAUUUAAAACAGUGGACUUAAAGUGUGAACUGUAGAUAGUUUGAGUGAAUGGUUUUAUAUUGUGUUUUUUAGAAAGGGUAUUUUUCUACCACAAUGAUAUAGACAUUUGUUUUGCUCUUUAUGAACCACUUUUGUAAUUUUCCUUGAAUUUCUUUUGUAAAAAUAGCAUCUCCUACAAUGUUAACAAGAAUGAACCUUCACAAGCAGCUCUCCAGUGUACUGACUAUGGCUUUCUCCUUCCAAUUGGGAUGAAAAAUGCCAAUUUCCUUUCUUCAGUUCCUGGUUAAGAGUGUUUAUAAUCUAGCACUGAUAUGUGUAAGAGCCAGUGUGGUGGAAUGGUUUGAGUGUUGGACUACAACUCUAGAAAUCAGGGUUCAGUUCCCCACUUGGAAAACACACUGGAUGACCUUGGGUGAGUCACACACUCUCAGCCCCAGAAAUCCCUGUGAUAAGGUCACUUUAGGGUUCAUAUGUCAGAAAUGACUUCAAGGCACACAAUAAUAGCAAUAAACAAUUAAUACCUGUGUUUAUUUCUAACAAUGUCAUUAAAGCCGUACUGAGAGGCAUGGAGACUUUCAAUUAUAUAUAGCUUUUACCUUCAAGUUUUCUAUGCAGUAAAAAGCCUUUCAUUUCAAUAGGAAUUACACAAACACUGAUUAAGGGGCUGUUCUGUGAUGGAGUAAGUUUUGGAGCCAUUUUGCUCCAAAAAUGGUUUGUCAUGACAUUUCUAUUAUGUUCUUAACUGUGGCCAAUUUUUGAUUUUACAUGAAUAUUUGUAGACUACUGGAAUUUACCCAGCGUGUGUGAAGUGACAACCACAUGCUUCUUGUAGGGAGUCACAGAAAAAAAUGGUGGAAGAACAAACAUUCAUAUUACCAACAGGCAGUGACUUUUUCUGGUGCACUUGUAGUCAGACAGUGACUGCCAGACUCUGCCUAUACACACUUCAGAGCCUAGAAAGGUUAUGUUGGGAAACAGAACUCCCAGGAUCCUCAGCCAACAUCUCCAGAAAAUUCUAGGAGUUAUAAUACCAAAAAAUAACAUUUCCAAAAUGCAGCAAAUGUUUUGUGGUAUGAAAAGUACCAGAUCUUUCAGUUUCUACUUAGGAAUGGUGGACUGGGACCUAGCAAAUGAGAUCAGGCAUUCCAACAAAUUGGGAUAGAUUUUUUAAAAAUUUAUGUCUAAAAAUAUAGCUGAUUCCUAUGAGCAAUUCCCUGUUCAUGAUCAAAAUGUAUAUAAUAGUUAUGAUCUCAAGAAGAGAUAUAUGCCAAAUUAUGCAUUGGAUGAGUUUUGUAGAACUGUACAUUUAGAUUGAGAAAAUAGAUACAGUGCGCCCACGUCAUACACGAAUGUGCUUUAUGCGGCUUUCAGCAUACACUGAAAGCCACGUGGGGAGAAGGGGCAGAGCAUCUCAUAGGGACGAAAUGGGUGUGCACAUGUGGUGUGCACGCGCUGCCGCAUCAUCACACCACCGCGUGCACGAGGCCCAUUAAUUUAAAUGGGGCUCAAGCAUAGGCGGUAUUUGCUUUAUGCGGGGGAGUCCAGAACGGAUCCCCCGCGUAAAGCAAGGGCGCACUGUACUAAGAUAAUACUAAGAGAAAAAAAUAUUAACUAUUAGCUUCUACUACUAUCAGAAAAUCUGAUGGUUUGUAUUUCAUCAUGAUUGAAUCAAGGAAUUUUGAAAAUAUAUUCAAAUGGAAACAGUCCCAAUGCAGAAUGCAUAUAAAUAGCUCCCUUUUUAAAGUGCAAACUGAAAACCUGAAUAAGUGUUUGCUGUUGCAUUUGGAAAAACCCCAGGCUACAUUUUCCUGUAACACUAAUUGGUUUAAUAUUUGCAUGAAAACAAGUCUUCCAAGUAGCAGAGAUGUGUGAUUGGCAAACAGAAUAAAGCAAAUCACACUAAAUGUGCACCUACCAGUAUAUUGCUGUCCAUUAUGUUCUGUUGAAUAUCAUGCAUCAAAUUCAGGUGCCUUCAAUGUGGCAUUGUGAAUUUUCUAUCUGUAUGUUAACAGCUUUAACACUAAGAUUGUUUAUAGAUUUUUCAGUGGAAUCAAAGAACCAAAGUGCUUGUCUCCAUGAGCUGUGGCUGCUGGAAUAACCAAGCCUUAUAUAAAACCCUUGCAAAACUGCUUA